AGAUCCAGAGGGGCACAUGAACCCCAAAACCAGCCCAACCCAAACCAUUCCCACUGGGAUCUGCGUGUUCCCAAAUCCAGAGGGGCACAUGAACCCCAAAACCAGCCCAACCCGAACCAUUCCCGUUGGGAUCCGUGUGUUCCCAGAUCCAGAGGGGAGACACAAAUCCCAAAAAAACCCAUCUCGAACCAUUCCCGUUGGGAUCCGUGUGUUCCCAGAUCCAGAGGGGCGCGUGAACCCCAAACCCAGCCCCAUCCCGAACCAUUCCCGUUGGGAUCCACGUGUUCCCAGAUCCACAGGGGAGACACAAAUCCCAAAAAAACCCAUCUCAAAUCAUUCCCAUUCCUCAAAGCAUUCCCACUGGGAUCAGCAUGCUCCCAAAUCCAGAGGGAUGUGCAAAUCCCAGAACCAGCCCCAUCCCAAACCAUUCCCAUUGGGAUCCGUGUGUUCCCAAAUCCAGAGGGAUGUGCNAUCCCAGAACCAGCCCCAUCCCAAACCAUUCCCAUUGGGAUCCGUGUGUUCCCAAAUCCAGAGGGAUGUGCAAAUCCCAGAACCAGCCCCAUCCCGAACCAUUCCCACUGGGAUCCGUGUGUUCCCAGAUCCAGAGGGGCACACCAAUUCCAAAAAAACCCAACCCGAACCAUUCCCGUUGGGAUCCGUGUGUUCCCAAAUCCAGAGGGAUGUGCAAAUCCCAGAACCAGCCCCAUCCCAAACCAUUCCCGUUGGGAUCCACGCGUUCCCAAAUCCCGAGGGAUGCUCCAAUCCCAGAUCCAGCCGCCUCCCGCACCAUUCCCAUUGGGAUCCGUGUGUUCCCAGAUCCACAGGGGAGACACAAAUCCCAAAAAAUCCCAACCCGAACCAUUCCCAUUGGGACCCGUGCAUUCCCAAAUCCCGAGGGAUGCGCCAAUCCCAGAACCAGCCGCAUCCCGAACCAUUCCCAUUGGGAUCCGUGUGUUCCCAAAUCCAGAGGGGCACACCAAUCCCCAAAAAACCCAUCCCGCACCAUUCCCAUUCCCUGUGCCUUGAUUUUGGGGCCGCCCCUGGCUCAGGGCCGGCUCCCCCCGUUUCCCCUCGGCGCCGGGAAUUUGGGGUUUUCGGGAGCCGCCCCGCACGCACAGCGAUCCCCCGGGAGAGGCAGCGCGGGAUCCCAGAGCUGGGAUCGGGGUCCCCCCUGAACCCCCGCGUUCCCGGGAAUUCCGGGAAUUCCGACCGAAACUUUGGGAUCGGGAGCUCGGCCCUGCCCCGAAUCCCAGUUCCGGGCACCGGGGGGAACCGGGGACCCCAGCGUGGCGUGGGGGAAUUUGGGGGAUGAGUUUUGGAGGGAAUUCCCAGCCCCAAUUCCCAAAUUCCCAAAGGGGUCCCAGUUUGGGAUGGGGGAAUUUUUGGGGGAUGAAUUUUUGGGGGAAUUCCCAGAGGAUUCCCAGCCCCAAUUCGGCAUGGGGGAAUCUGGGGAGGAACAAUUUUGGGGGGAUGAAUUUUGGAGGGAAUUCCCAGCCCCAAUUCCCAAAUUCCUGAAGGGGUCCCAAUUCGGGAUGGGGGAAUUUGGGGAGGAUGAGUUUUGGGGGGAUGAAUUCCUGGCUGAUUCCCAAAAACCCCUCAAGGAUUUGGUACGAGACCCCUGCCCACCCCUCCGGGGGCUGCCUCGGGAUCAGGAUCUUCCCCAAAAUCCCCCAAAUCCCCAAAUUCCCGAAUUCCCAGUGGCCAAUCCCGGUACGAGCCGUGGGAUCUCAUUUCCCUCUGCCGAAACUCCCCAAAACCAACACAGAAGGUCCCGAAAGGCCCAAAGGUGCCUGAAUUCACCCCAAAAGCCCCGAGGGGGGAGGGAAUUCCCGCUCCAGGUGCUGCACCCCAAAUUCCAGAGCAAUAUCCCGCGGGAAAAGGGGGAGCCCCGCCCGGCCACGGGAAGCUUUAACAUUCCAACCCCACUUUGGGGCUGGAAAAUGGAAUUUCCCCCUUUUGUUUUUUAGCACAGGUUGGUUUAGAGACCCUCCCCCGUCCCUUUCCCCCCAAAAUUCCGCCAUUUCUCCCCGAUUUUUUUUUUUU